CAGAGCGCACCCAGCCGGCGCCGUGCAGCACUGGGACCCGCACUCACCCGGCAGCCCUGCCCGUCUGCCCGUCCGCCCCGCGCGCCCUCGCUGCUGCGGUUUUGCGCCCCUGGACCCCACCGGCACCAUGCACCUCUCCCAGCUGCUCGCCUGCGCUCUGCUGCUCACGCUACUCUCGCUCCGGUCCUCCGAAGCCAAGCCCGGGGCGCCACCGAAGGUCCCGCGAACCCCGCCAGGGGAGGACCUGGCUGAGCCCCAGGCUGCCGGAGGCGGUCAGAAGAAGGGCGACAAGACUCCUGGGGGCGGCGGCGCCAACCUCAAGGGCGACAGGUCGCGACUGCUCCGGGACCUGCGCGUAGACACCAAGUCGCGGGCAGCGUGGGCCCGCCUUCUUCAUGAGCACCCUAACGCGCGCAAAUACAAAGGAGGCAACAAGAAGGGCUUGUCCAAAGGCUGCUUUGGCCUCAAACUGGACCGGAUCGGCUCCAUGAGCGGCCUGGGAUGUUAGUGCGGCGACCCCUGGCGGCGGAUUGGGAACUUGCUCCAUGUGCUGAGGUCAUCCUUGGUCAUCAGCCUCUAGCAUCUGGAAACACCUCCAACGCAAUGUGGCUUUUACAUUUCUUCUUUUUUUUCCCCCCUGGUACUGGGAAUACACAACACCAGCUGUUUUAUUAUUAUUUUGGGGAGGGGAGGGUAUGAUUUUAUUGUUUGGGGUUUUUUUUGAAAAUUAAAAAUAAAAAGUUAUAUAUUA